UUUACUUGACUUUUGAUUGACGUUUUACAUUUGUAAACUUUCGGGAAAUCUGGUCUAAUUUUUUACUAAACGUAAAAAGAAGAGCAUUGUUCAUAUAGCUGCAUUGAGAAAUAAUAUCAAGUGUUUUCCGUCCUUGUAGCCAAUAGAACUUUGUUUUAUCGUGUGAUUGCCCAUUGAAUUAACCUUGGCGACUUGUGAUGGUGAAUCAUCCUCAGAAAUAUCUGCAAUAAAUAUUUGAUUUGUUGAUAGUUAUUAAGGUUUAAGAAGUUUCAUAAACUAUAAUGAUGGAGUGGUUAUUCGGACACCGCAUGACCCCUGAUGAGAUGCUGCGCAAGAACCAGCGGGCUCUUAACAAGGCCAUGCGGGACCUCGACCGAGAACGCAUGAAGAUGGAACAGCAGGAGAAAAAAGUUAUUGCAGACAUAAAGAAACUGGCCAAAGAAGGACAGAUGGAUGCAGUAAAAAUAAUGGCAAAAGACCUGGUUCGGACGCGGCGGUAUGUGCGCAAGUUCAUGCUGAUGAAGGCGAAUAUCCAGGCAGUGUCGCUCAAGAUACAGACACUCAAGUCUCAGAGCACCAUGGCGCAGGCGAUGCGCGGCGUCACCAAAGCCAUGGCCACCAUGAACCGACAGCUUAACAUGCCCCAGAUACAGAAGAUAUUACAGGAAUUUGAAAAGCAAUCUGAAAUUAUGGACAUGAAAGAGGAGAUGAUGAAUGAUUCAAUUGAUGAGGCGAUGGAGGGAGACAAUGAUGAGGAAGAAAGUGACGCUGUCGUAUCACAAAUCCUGGACGAAUUAGGUCUACAACUGAAUGACCAGCUCUCUGGUCUACCGCAGGCGACUGGAUCGUUAUCAGUCGCAACAAAGACCCCAGCGGCUCCGACGGCGGUGGCGGGCGGGUCGGGCGGCGCGCCCAUCAGCGACGCCGACGCCGAGCUGCAGGCCCGCCUCGACAACCUGCGCCGGGAGUAGCACCUCCACCACUACACACGCUGUUUAGUACUGUCUGGUGUUGUUUGCCAGGAUCUGCGUUCGCACUCACUUUGUAUGUCUGAUCAUCAGCAUCCUAUGGUUGUUUGCUGUCAAGUUGUUACUUUUUAGGAUAUAUCAGAGUAUCGGCAAUUUGGUAUUUGAUGUUCUCUGUAACUUUCACAGAAUUUAAGCAACACUUUGGGAUGUUGCUGACAGGUAGUAUUUCUGGUUUAUUUACGGCUGAUAGCUCCUGUACAAAAUAUAGCUUAAUUCAUCCAGUUGACAAUAUUGCAUUAACCUAUAAAAACCAAUUAGUGCAGGGUCAAGUGGGGCAUGCUCACAAUAGUCUGACAAUCAGACAAUUGAAGAAAGUGUUUGAUGAGUUACUAUCAUUUUUAUUCCAAUAGUAGAUCAGAAUGAUAAGGGUACAUGCGUGAUAUUUAUUACAUACAUGCAGACAAUUUUUUACUAUGAAUAUAUAUUUGUGUUACUUAUAUUAUGGAAUAAACAAUAUAAGAAUUGAACAUAAAAUCAUUUCAUUAAAAUAUUUUAUAAUGUAUUAAUAUAAUAAUUCAUGUAAAAACUAAAAUACAAUCAACUUAUAUUACUCAUUUAUGUAAAAUAUAAAUUCUAUAAAAUAUUGUAACACUACCACUAAUUGGUCAAUAAUAGCAAUUUAUAAUUAUAGACCCCAAUUAUUUUACCAAAUCCGUACCCUAUACAUUUAUUUGUACACAAAGUUAUUAUAACAAAUGUUUUUUAUGAUUUAAGGAUGAAAGAUCUAGAAAAAGUUAGGUCAAUAUAUCAAAAAUGUGUGCACUAUUUGUAAAUAUUUAUACAAAAGAGUUAUUAUAAUAUGUUUAGCUUAUUGCUUAAGGGCGGUUUCACACUGAGUUAUAUUUGGAUGACAGUUAAAAACCCAUAGAAAGCAAUGAAAGGUGUUUAAAUAUUUCAAUUGUGUCCCAGAAGUUAUGGAUUGAGGUGCAAUUUAUGUUAUAAUUAUUGUAUUGUACAGAAGUGUUCAGUGUGACUCGGCCUUAAUAUACAUAACAUGUUGUUAAGUUACUACAGUAUGUGAGGCGAUACAUUCGCUUUGUACAUUUUAAUAAAUAUUUUUAUAUUAAAUGUU